AAGUAGAUCGGAAAUACAGCAGUAGAACGGCCAUGUUCUGCCGCCUAAGAAAAUAAUUCCAUCUUAUAUUUGCAAAUAAUCACCGAAACUGUAAAACGAGUACACAUUUUUAGGUAAAACAAUCCUCACUUAUUUAAACCUACUUAAUAAAAAAUACCUAACAGACUUUGGAACGCGCUGAAGUGUUCGAAUUACCUGGGCGUAGGAACAUUACAUCCCACUUCAAACUUCAAUUUAGAAGUCUUUUCCGUUUAGCAAAACGCGGAGUGUAGACAUGUCUUUGCAAGAUAGACGUAAUGAAGAGUGGGACAAAAAUGGCCCAUCCAAUGAAGAUAAUCAACCUCAGGGUUACGACGGUCCACCAGGAAUGGACCCCGACGGUAUUAUUGAAUCCAAUUGGGAAGAGGUCGUCGACAAUUUCGACGAUAUGAACCUUAAAGAAGAACUACUGAGAGGUAUAUACGCCUAUGGUUUCGAAAAACCCUCCGCCAUUCAACAAAGAGCGAUCAUUCCUUGCGUUAAAGGGCACGACGUUAUCGCUCAAGCCCAAUCAGGAACCGGUAAGACUGCAACAUUUUCCAUUUCUAUCUUACAACAAAUAGACACAACCGUAAGGGAAUGUCAAGCUCUUAUAUUGGCACCGACUCGUGAAUUGGCACAACAGAUUCAAAAAGUAGUAAUCGCAUUAGGAGAUUUCAUGUCUGCGCAAUGUCACGCGUGUAUUGGAGGUACCAACGUCAGAGAAGAUAUGCGUAAAUUAGAAACCGGUGUACACGUAGUAGUCGGAACACCGGGUAGAGUCUUUGAUAUGAUUACUCGUAGAGCCCUUAGAACAACUCACAUUAAGAUGUUCGUUUUGGACGAGGCAGACGAAAUGUUGUCGAGAGGUUUCAAAGACCAGAUUCACGAUGUUUUUAAAAUGUUAAACUCUGACGUUCAGGUUAUUUUACUUUCCGCUACGAUGCCAAACGAUGUGCUGGACGUGACGAAAUCCUUUAUGAGGAGCCCCAUCAGGAUAUUGGUUAAAAAAGAAGAACUCACUUUAGAAGGUAUCAAACAGUUCUUCGUGUAUGUAGAAAAAGAAGAUUGGAAAUUGGAGACGCUGUGCGAUCUUUAUGAUACUCUUUCGAUUACGCAGGCCGUAAUUUUCUGUAAUACACGUCGUAAGGUCGACUGGUUGACGGAAAAUAUGCACAAGAGAGAUUUCACCGUAUCGGCAAUGCACGGUGAUAUGGAACAACGAGAACGAGACGUCAUCAUGCGUCAAUUUAGGACGGGAUCCUCGAGGGUUCUUAUCACUACAGAUUUAUUAGCCAGGGGUAUUGACGUACAACAAGUUUCACUAGUUAUUAAUUAUGAUUUACCUUCGAACAGAGAAAAUUAUAUACACAGGAUUGGUCGAGGUGGACGAUUCGGUCGUAAAGGGGUAGCAAUAAAUUUUGUAACCGAAGACGAUAAACGCACGCUUAAGGAUAUCGAACAAUUCUAUAAUACGAAAAUAGACGAAAUGCCGAUGAACGUUGCGGAUCUUAUAUAAAACAGGCGAGGUUAUACAGAGUGUUGGUGUGUUUCUAUUACGACGUAUCUCCUGAAGGUUCUCUGGUGUGAGUAUUAGCUUUCUAUGCUAAAUCUGCGACAUUAUAUAUGCGAAUAUUGUGCGCCUGCGCCAUCGCGUCUCUUUAGGACAACGCCGUUCAAAAUAAAAAAAGGCACGCUACCCCUCUUUAAUAAACCCCCCUCACGAACUCUCUGAGUGUCCAAUUUUUUUUUUUUUAAUAUAUAUAUUGUUGUUUCGGUUUAAUCUCGUAGUGCAUUUUUUAAUUGAUUGAUUGUUUGAAUUUUCUUUUUGUCUUUAUUUUUUUUUUUGGGGAAUAUACUUUAGAUUUAGUGUUUUUUAUAAUAAUUCGGGAGGCGUGUGGCUGUAUGGAGGCCGGAGGUCCCCCCGAUUUAUCGAGGGGUACCGAAGGUGGGAGCGUUUUAGUGAUUUUCUCCACACAGUUUGUUCGUCUCCAUAAGGGUUUAGUUGGUAUCUGGAAAGGUUAUUAUAUUCAUAAACGUUGUAGAAGGAAAUUCUGGUUUAUCACAUAGACUUUUUUGUAUAUUAAGAUUUAAUAAAAGUGGUGAUAAAAAAAAAACGUUUUUUUCGAUUUUUUUUUGUUAUAAAAAACGAUACUGUGUCUAAAGAAUUUCACAAAUAUCUUGUGUAUGUGAAAAAUUAAUAAAACGAUUUCAAAAAAAUGAUUGUUGUUCAUAACAAUUCGUUCAGAGUAGUUCGUUUGCACUAUUUGUUUAAAUAUGUAUUGACAUGUUAAUCAGUAGUAGUUCAUUUGCACAUAUUUUCAAAUAAGGAGUUGUUUUAAUAAUUUCUUAAAUCUUGACGUUUGUCUCAAAAAUAGUUCAUUUGCACAUUACUGUGAAUUCCAAAAAUUAACCUUGGUAAUGAAUAUGGCUCUUUAUUUUUCAAAAGUAGUUUAUUUGAUUAUUCAUAUUAUUAAUUUAGAAACAAAGAAUAUUUUAAUUUCAUAGAUUUAUUCAAAGUAGUUCAUUUGUACUAACUUCCCGAAGGUUUUUAUGUUGUUUAAAAGAAAAGUUUUUUGGCAUUUACCAGAAGUAGCUCACUUGCACUUCACUCAAAAUUUCAAAUAAAUUAAGUAGAAAGUGUAAAAUUUUUCGACUAUAUCUUCGAAUUGAAAUUAACGUUUCUUCAGAUACAGUUUCAGUUUUAUAUUAAAAUCAUAGUAGGGUCUCUUAGGAAUAGUUUUUACCUAAUGUAAUUUUUAAAAAAUUAUUUUGUUUUAGAGACUCCACUAUGAUACCUCUCCAAGAACCAAAACCCUGUUAAGUAAAUUGAUAUAUUAAAAAAAAAAGAACAAAUCCGGAAGGAAAGUCCAACUAACUUCUAUCGAUCGAACACACUUUGCGUGACUUUUCUUCUUUUUGUUAAUAUAAAAAAAAAACAUUGAAAGAUAUUUUUUUUCAUUUUUACAGGCGUCGUCAAUACCUGUGGACACCACAAUUUGGAAAUAAAGAUCUAAUUUCCAUUUUAAAUUACAAUUCAGUGGUUUUGCUUCUUAUUUAAAACCCGUUUUCCACUCAUCCACUUCCUAUUUCUUUAUUUUUUUUUAAUUUAUUGCCAACCUAACUCGUAAAGUAAAUAAAUUUAUUUUUAUUUAA